CGACGUUAAAGCGUCUCGUCGGUGGACAUUUUGCGCACAGCAUCAUCAGCGCUGACGUGGAGGCUACGUGAGCGGAGGCGCACACCGUCCAGCCCGCUGUAAUUAGUGACGAGUCAGACUACGUAAAACUCCGGUGACGGACCAUGGAUACCUCAGUGUCGUCUCAGCCAGAGAGCGGGUUAGUCGACUCGGUGACCGAUGGGGAGGAGAAGUGCGGUGAAGCCAGUCCACCUCCUGCAGCCCUGCCUCAGGUGUCGGUGGGUUCCAGCAUGGCCACAGAGUCCUCUGCGGUGACGGUGGUCCAGCUCUCUGACGAUCAGACGGUGCAGGUCCACGGCGUCAUCCAGGCCCCUCAGACCUCCGUCAUUCAGUCCCCGCAGGUCCAGACUGUCCAGAUUGCCACUGUAGCUGAGCUGGACGAUGACGAGUCGGUCACGGACUCACAGAAGAGACGGGAGAUUCUCUCCAGGCGUCCGUCUUACCGAAAAAUCCUCAACGAGCUUUCGUCGGAUUCGCCGGCGGUUCCAAGAAUCGAAGAGGAGAAGACGGAGGACGAGGCGCCGGUCUCCAGCGUCGCCUCAGCACCUGUGCCGACCUCCGUCUACCAGACCAGCUCCGGACAGUACAUUGCAAUCACCCAGGGAGGGGCUAUCCAGCUGGCCAGCCCUGGAGGUGAGGCUCUGCCGGGGGGCCACACCCUGACCAUGGCCGGCUCUGCCCCCCCUCAGCCUGGAGCCACCAUCCUGCAGUGUGCUGCCCAGCCCGGAGACUCCCCACAGCAGUUCUACAUCCAGGGAGGACAAGUGCUCAUCCAAGCUGCCACCGGAGAUAUUCCCGCCUACCAGCUGCGGUCGCCCAACUCGGACCUGACCCAGAGCAUCGUGAUGGCUGCCUCGCCGAGCACCAUGCACAGCCCUUCGGUCCAGCACGCCGAGGAGGUCACCCGCAAGAGGGAGGUCCGACUCAUGAAGAAUAGGGAGGCAGCUCGUGAGUGCCGCCGGAAAAAGAAAGAGUAUGUCAAGUGUCUGGAAAACCGCGUGGCUGUGCUGGAAAACCAAAACAAGACCCUGAUUGAAGAGCUCAAAGCUCUCAAGGACAUUUACUGCCACAAAGCCGAGUAGCGGCGGCUGGUUUGUGGUCACAGGCACUCCUGCUGAAGGCAAGCACACACAGUGCCGUUUACAGACUGCUACGACAAAACUAAGAAAAAAAAAAAAGACUCUGGAACAAAAACUGCUUUCACCGUCUUUGUUUCUCUGCUCACUCAGGCCCGGUUUACGUCGAACCCGCAAGCGUCUGGGGGAAUUCGAAAGCUUGAGCUCGCCAGUUUCACUCUCGUUCUUAUCUUGUGCUCUUUGCAUGUGAAAACACAAGUGUCGUCCGCCACGCUUUGCUGUCGCCGUUGUGCACAGGAGAAGCCAGCCAAUGAGAGCCAGCGGAAGAAACAGGAACAGGAAGAGGAAACGAGGGUGCUUCCUGACAGCGUAACCGCUCAUGCACAGAGAUGAAGAAAACCUCGCCCGUCGGCCGGGGUUUUUUUCGCCGCCAGCCAGUUUCUCCGAGGCAGAGUUCAGAUGAAGUGCACGCACGCUACGCCGAUCCACCACCAGCUGCAACAAGCCAAGUCAUCUGCAUCACCUGUCUGAUAUGUAUGUCACGUGUAUCCUUUCUGCUUCUGUUGUUGGUCGUUUCAUGCAUUCCUUCAUGUGAAAACACAAAAAAAGUAAACCUGUCUUUCUUUCAGAUUCGCAUUUUUGUCAGUUUAAGUGAAUCCCACGAUGACGACACCCUACUCUCCAAAUGUAUACAAGUUCCUCAUUCGUUCAAUUAAGUUUUUUGGUUCAAUCAAGAAAUCUUAGUGAACUAGGGUAAAUCUAUAAUGAACUUCCUUGUGUUUGGAUGUUUAUGCACAAGGCGAAUCACUUCAGGAGAUAUUUCUAGCCAUUUUAGAUGAAUAUAAUGAGUCAGAAACUGGUUAAGAAGAAGUACAAAAUAAUAUAUCCAAAGCAGGCUUUAUUUUUUCACUGCUGAACUGAGCUGAUUGUUGUAUUUGCAAUGACACAGGGCACUAUGUAUUCUCUAGUCAAAGCACAGAAAGUCCAAAAAAAUGUCACUUUGGACAUGAACGGACUUUCUACCUAUUCCUUUUUAUGUCUGAUUUAUUUAAAAGGGUUUCAUUCUUGUUAUGCAUCUACUAAAAUAACAGGCUACCUAAUAAUUAAUUGGUCAGUAUAGAAAACAUACCGAUACUGUUCUAUACUCAAAAAUGUAAAUAUUUUGUAAGCAAAUUCUUAAUCACAGCUCAAAUAUUGACAAAUGUGCUUUAAUGCCAGCAGUCAUUUUGUAUCCAUUAUUUUUUCCCUCUUCAUUAGCUGAAUAUCUCUUUGUGGAAUGAAACUCUUCAUUUGCUUACUAUCUAGAUACAAAAUUGCUCUGUUUAAAGGGUGAAGCCAAUAAAUCUUAUUUUCUUCUUUCUGUAAAUACAAAUUAUGUUUGAAUGGUGAGCUUCAUACAUUCAUGUUACUGGUAAUUUUGCAACCUGCUUGCUUUUUUCUCUCUCUAUUUGUUUACAUAGUUGACAAGUCUGCUCCACUGAAUAUGUGUUGUUGUUUGGCCUGUAGAGUUACACCCGCCAGAAAGGGCACUUCGUGAUGUGACGUGGUCUUUUCAUUUGGCCGCCGUGGAUAGGAAUAUUAUCUUUUUUUUUUCCCCUCCGUCUUUAUAACAGAUUUCUCUUUCGGGAAAAUAAACCACACACCCUGAACCCUGCCUUUUAGACACAUCAGCUCUCUGGUCUUAUGUCUUUGCCGCUGCUCAGCUCCAAGACAACACUAUCAAACAUCCCGCGGCGGCCGCGUUGUGCACUGGGCCACGUGACCGGUUAAGACGUUUUUAUUAUUUCGCCAGGAGUGCCCCUUCUGCCGCGUUGUGAAUUCACACCGGCGAUGAGUAAUUCAGGUUUUCUAUGAUGUCAACUGAGUUCAAUCUCUCUGCACAGUUUUUUGGCGUUUCAAGUGGCUCCAGCUUUUGAUCAGGUGUAGUCUCCUCAGUGUACUUCCUUGUUUGAAAUGUAAAACCAAAAAUAUUUUUGUUUAUCUAUUAAAAUACACAAAUGUUUAUGACUGUGA